AUGAGUGAACAUAAUUAAAUAUUAUGGUUGCCCAAUAGAUUCAAAAUCUCUAGGCAUAACUGAAGUCCUUCAAUUUUUGUUCAAUAGCACAUGAAUGUGUACCUGACUUGUGUGUACCUAAAGUAUCUAUAGCUAGCUACUGAUGGCUCUGAGUUGGCUACUCCUGCUGAUAUGCUUCAUUCUGGCUUAUAUAGGAUACAAGCUCUUUUCAUCGCUUUGGCUCCUACAGAACAGUGGCAUUCAGUGCCCCCUUCCCUUCCCCAUUGUCGGCAACAACUGUCUGAGAUACAAAAUGGGAUACAUGAAAUUUCACGAACACCUCAAGAAACAACAUGGCCCUAUGCCAGGGUUUUAUUUGGGGCAUGUGCCAUUUCUAGCAGUUACGGACGGAGAUAUGUUGAAGCAAAUCAUGGUCAAAGAGUUCAAUUGUUUCCCUGAUCGCCCACUCCUGGCCUUGACCAAGAAAGGGUCUGCUCCUAGAGGGCUGUUGAGUGCCCGAGGGGAGGAAUGGAAGACGGCUAGACACACCCUCUCCCCCUCAUUCUCUGCUGCCAAGAUGAAAGCCAUGGUACCACAAAUUGAAAAGAGUGUCGAAACACUGGCUGAUAUUUUCAGAGAGCAGGCAGAUUCAGCUGAGAGUGUUAAUGUUUGUAGGAUAUUCGGUAACUAUACCAUGGAGACGAUCUUAAUGAUGGCGUUUGGGCAGAGUGUGGACAUACAGAGGGGAGAGAGUGAUGAGAUUGUUGAAGCUGCUAGGAAGAUCUUUCUUCUCUCUGAUGAACGAAAGAGUACCUUUCUUGUUCUCGUAAUACUACCACUAAUGCAUGCCUUUCCAUGGCUGGAAUUCUUUCUACGAUUUCUGGUAUCACAAACGCAACUUGCAAAGUACUCAAAAAUUAUAUCUUCUGUGGCAAAGCAACUGGUCAGGCAGAGGAGAAACAGCCCAAUCCCUCAAAAGUACAAGGAUUUGCUUCAGUCGAUGAUAGAGGCUAUAAAAGAUGACCAAAUGAAACUGACUGACGAACAGAUUGUAGCACAUUCUACCACAUUCCUAUUGGCCGGUUAUGAGACCACCUCCAAUACUCUAGCGUACGUAUCAUACCUGUUGGCCCUCAACCCCAUAAUCCAGGAGAAACUGCAGCAGGAAAUUGACAACUACUUUGACAACAAUCCAGAGGCCCCACCUUAUGAGGCUGCUCAGGAGAUAGAGUACCUGGAGAAGGUCAUACACGAAACACUACGACUGCACUGUCCUGUUGGAAGCAUAUUGCGCUACUGUCAGAAGAGUACUGUCCUAAAUGGAGUGACUGUUCCUAAAGGAGUCAUUGUUGAUGUGCCAGUGUAUACAAUACACAAGGACCCAAGAUAUUGGCCUAAUCCAGAGGUCUUUGAUCCUGAGAGGUUCUCCCCUGAGGAGAAGUCCAAGCGCCCUCCACUGAGUUAUAUCCCAUUUGGUUACGGUCAAAGAAAGUGUCUAGGUAUGAGAUUUGCACUGCUGGAGGCUAAACUGGCUCUCAUUCACCUGCUCAGGAGAUUCACGUUCACACAGACACCAGACACAGAGGUACCACUGCAAGUGUCAAUUGGGAUGUCUGUUGCUCCCAAGAAUGGUAUCUUCCUGAAAAUCAAGAGAAGAGAGCACCAUUAAUUUUACAUAAUUAUACCAUGCAAUUUCAUAAUUAUCCAUAUUAUUAUUUCGACAUGUACGUAUUGUCCCUGCAUGUGCAAUAAUUAUAAUCUGAUCGUAAGAAUUAUAGUUGUGGUCAUGCACUGUGUGUAUGGUGGGCCGUUUCAUCGAACCUUUCAUAAGAUAGCCAAACUAGCUAUAAAUUAUACUGAUCUAUAUAAAUGUUGUGACAAGUUCCAACUUAGCCGGAAACCGUUGGCCUUUUCUCUCCCUAACCGAUUACCCACUAUAACAAUUGUUUACUGUUUUAUUAAUCACCACAAACCUACCACCUUAUGUUGUCAUGGAAACAAUUUUGGAUAUGUUGUAACUUAUUCAUUCGACAGGCACAAUACGAUGCAUGGCUCCUAUUUAGCUAGGUUACCAUAAUUAUAAACCCUAAUA